CACACACACACAGGCUCGAGAUUGAGUGAGACGUUGAGCGUGGGUAUGAGAAGGUCUCAGCGUGACCAUGCUGAGGUCCACGGGGUUCUUCCGUGGGAUUGACUGUCCGUUUUACGCCGACGGGAAAAGUGGCUGUAGCAGACCGUACUGCCACUUCAGGCACAGCGGCAGCAGCAGACUCCGAGCAUCCGCUGGAGGAGGGUACGAGCUCCGGAAAGCCAAGGAGCCUCCGUCUGAGGCGAACGACCUUGGCUAUGAUCCGUUCAACCCAGAGGUGGUCCGACCCGGAGAGCACCACAAUGCAGAGCCUCCAGCAAGUCCGGUUACGGAUUCAGGAGCCAGCGAGCUGGAACUGGUCAACCAGGCCAUCCAGGCCGUCCAGAGCGAAAUGGAGAAGGAGAAGAAGAAGCUGUCGCGUAUCGGCGAGCAGGGAUACGAUCCCGAAAACAGCUCAAUUAAAGCGAGUUACAGCAGACAGGCGGUUUCUGCUGCACCGUCCCACAGCGCUUACGAUCCGGGGAGUUAUCAGAUGAGCCAGAAGUCUGAGUACAACCCGACCCCUCGCUCUAGCAAAUACACGCUGGACUCGGAGAGCAACAGCAGCAGCUCCGCAAACUCAAUGGAGUACGUUCCUACAGCCGUCUCAAGAGCAGCGGUAAAAAAAACAGCAGCGUCCGCUCCAACGACCUCAUCUUCUUCAAAGAGCAAGUACACACUGGACAAUUCGAAACCGCUGACGGACAUGGAGUACGAUCCGCUGUCGAACUUUUCCGCCAAACCCGGCAGUAAGGGCGCGAAGGACGGAACGAUAGAGGGAGACAGGAGGAAAAGAGGUCAAACACAAAGCACGGACGAGGAGUACGUCCCUGUGGCGAAGAAGCCACGUAAGCCUUCGGUCGAAGCUCCCCAAAAGUACACAAUCGACUCCGAAUCCGAAGAGGAAAGUUCUGGAAAUGAGUACCGGCCCACGACGAUGAGCCGACUGCAGAAGAGAAAAAGCAGCAUGGAUUCGGUGGACGAUGAGAAAAGGAAAUCUAAGGAAACGGGAGCUCGUAAACACCCGCCAGCUCAUAAACUCACGGUUGAUGAUGAUGAUGAAGAGGAAGAAUCCGACAACUUCGAGCCUCUUGAUUUCGAGCAGUCAGAUGACGAGCCGCCGGAUAAAAAGUACACCAAGACCAGUGUCCAGGUGAAGAAAGGUCAAAGUGACAAAACGGUAAGGAAAGAGAUCACCGAGUCCGUCAAGAAAAGUAGCAGCCAUAAGGAGAAGAAAGGAAGCGGCGGCGUGGAGAAGACCUCGAGGAAGCCGAGUCAGGAGGGCUUAAAGAAGGAGAAGAGUCAUGCCAAGGUUGUCGAAGAGAAGGUUAAGUCUAAAGACUUUGAAAAAGGUGGGAAAGAUUUGAAAUUGAAGGAUGGGAAAAGCAAGAAGCCAGAUAAGAAGAAAGGAGAACAAAGCCAUGGAGAAAAAGAGCGAAGUGUUGGCGAGGCCAAGAGGCCCAAAUCGGACAAGGUGCACCAAAGCAAAGAAUCCAGCAAGUACAAGGAGCAGAAAAACGGCAGGAUAGAAAGCAGCGGACUGAGAGAAAAGGACAAAAAGAAAAACAGUAGCAGCAGCAGUACUAGCAACAAUAAAGACAAAAUCAAGAAGAGCGCCUCGUCGUUGGAGAAGAAGGACGCCAAAGCGGCGAAAGCCAAGCCGCGCUCUCUGAGUCACGCCGACUUGUUCGGUGAAGAGAGCCCUGAGGAAGAGGAAGACGAACGGAUAGUCAGGAAGUCGGCUUCGGCGUUCAAACGGGGCAGCCUGGUCAACAAGAGGAAAGCGUCUGAUGCCACAGAGUCGUCGUCUGAGGAUGAUAACGAGCCUGGGGAUGAAGAAGAGCACGCUGAUAAUGUUGAUUAUGAUGUCGGUGAUGUUGGUGAUGUUGGGGACUUUUCUAUGCUUCAGGAGGACGAGGAGUAUGACUCGGAUCCUAUGGAGGAGUGCCUCAGGAUCUUUAACGAGUCCAAAUUUGUGAAAACAGAAGACAAAGGCAGACAAGCUAAACAGCCUACGAAAGAGAAGGAGGAAGAACAAGACGCACAGAGCACUUUAACCACGCUUUUCCCCGGCCAGAAGAAAAGAGUUUCACAUUUCAAAGCCAAAGGAAAUACGGAGUCGUCGAUGAACGCCCCGCCCAAGCCUCAGCGCAGACUGACCGCUCAGGAGAUGUGUUAUCAGCGCAUGCAGAUCGCCCAGCAGCAGGCGGCGCAGCUCACCGCGUCCGCCGCCAAGAACGCAUCCCCUGUGCCACGUCCGCUCUCCAGUGCCGCAGGGGCGGGCGAGAAACGCAGACUGAUGCACCGGCCAAACCCCGCCCUCGUCUCUGCAAAAAAACCUGUUUUGGCGGAGUCGCAACAUGCUAGCAGUGGUGUUUUAUCACCCAGCAGAUCCGUACCAGAUCAGUCGUCGGUUAAAGCGCACACCUCAGCCUCCAUGUUGUCCAAAACCGUGUCCACUGCGGCGCAAAGGAGAGUGGCACACACUCCUACGCUCAAGAGCGCUUCUAUGAAGCGCCCCGUUAUUCCCGCUGAGUUUGGAGCGAAAGUGCCCACUAACAUACGCCAGCGCUACCUCACUGUUUUCAUCGAUGAAUGUCUUAAGUUUUGCUUGUCCGAGGAGGAGGCGUACCAGAUGGCUCUGGAUGAGGAGAAGCUGGUGUAUGAUCGGAGCAGCAGUAAAAGCAUCUACCUGAACGUCGCAGUGAACACGCUGAAGAAACUCCGCAGCAAGAGUGCAACCCCGUCCACUCCGGCCGCCUCCCAGUCCUUCAAGAAGUCCACCACGUCUGCAAGCAGGAAGUCUCAGUCACAUGAGGGUGUCCUGGGCGGCCGCCUGGCAGCUACGACCAGCUACACCAUCAACCGCAUGGGCAGACAGCAGGACAUGCAGCUUAGAGGUGCAGUUCUCUACCAGAAACUGAAACCGUACGUUUUGAGUGAGGAGCAGCUGCAGGAACACGGUUACCCGAGACCUCACCCUGAGCGCCUGGGCCACGCCUUCAUCUAUAACGCUCCUGAGAAGAAAAACCAAGACCCAUUUGCUAAGGUGUGCUGCCGGUGUGGUGCCGAGUACAAAGUCAACGCCAGCGGGAGCUGCGUCCGCAAAGAGGAGUGUAACCACCACUGGGGCAGAUUACGCAGAUACAAAGUGUCUGGAGGCUGGGAGACACAGUACAAUUGCUGCUCGGGCGCCGUGGGCUCUCUUGGAUGUCAAGUGGCCAAACAACACGUGCAGGACGGACGCAAGGAGUCUUUGGACGGCUUUGUAAAAACUUUCAGCAAAUCCUCGUCGCCUGAUGGGAACGCAGGAGUGUAUGCUCUGGACUGUGAGAUGUGCUACACAAAGCAGGGUUUGGAGCUGACCAGGGUGACGGUCAUCAACUCUGACCUGAAAGUGAUUUACGACACGUUUGUGAAGCCAGAAAGCAAAGUGGUGGACUACAACACACGGUUCUCUGGUGUGACCGAAGAAGAUCUUGAGAACGCCACGAUGAGGCUGAGGGACGUGCAGGCCGUCUUACUGAACAUGUUCAGCGCAGAAACCAUUCUGAUCGGCCAUAGCUUGGAGAGCGAUCUCUUUGCCCUUAAACUGCUCCACAGCACCGUCGUGGACACGGCCGUGGUCUUCCCUCACCGCCUCGGCCUGCCGUUCAAACGCGCCCUGCGCAACGUCAUGGCCGAUCACCUUAAACGCAUCAUCCAGGACAACGCGGAGGGCCACGACUCCAGCGAAGACGCCGCUGCCUGCAUGGAGCUCAUGAUAUGGAAGAUCAAAGAGGACGCCAAGGUCAAGAGAUGACCUCUGACCUCACAGUUGUCCCGUUUUCCACAUCACUGAGCAUACAGAGAAGGCGAAGUGAAGCUGUCUUGGUUCUGUUGUUGCUCCAGAGAGAGAGAGAGAGAGAGAGAUGAAAAUGAGAGGGAGAAAAAAAGGAAGGAAAGAUGCCACUGCUGUCUGUAGAUUGUUUGUAGUUUUUGUGCAGAGUCGGGUGUAAAUCCGACACGCGUACUUCAUGAGGCGAAUCCUGCCUUCAACAACAGCACUGUCCUCCUCUGGUAAAGGUGAUCAAAGGUGGGCGUGUCUUUGAGCCCAUAUAUGGAUGUGUUGGAAGUUUUCUGAAAUUGUCUUUUAAGUCGGGUUUAGUGUUGAAAACGUGUAAAAUGCAUUCCAGUAAUCCUGUCAGGUGAAUUCAAAUUCAUGCUAGCUAACGAUAAGCCUUUAGGGCUAAAUCCUCUAAAAACACGUAUGAAUGCCGAAGCCUUUCCGUAGACUCCGACACGCCCACAUUUCUAUUUAUGGUCUUGAAGGAACACCUACUUAGAGCUGCUGCAUAUAUAAUUUAAUGCAUAUAAUCUGGACUGAAGGAUGUCCCUCGUGAGGGCCGUCGUACUUCUUUUCAGGCUGUCUCUCUUUCAGCCUCGGUGAAACUUGAAACAGGAGUGUGAGGGGAGGCGGGUGCGGGGACGUGGAAGCGUGGAUCAGGGUCGUGUUAUUUAUUUUCAUGUCUGCAGGAUAAGGGAUGAGGUUGCUGCUUGGAAAGACUUUAUGUUGCACUGUGUUACAUCUAUGCGUUAAGGUGGUAAGCGAUGCUGGAUGCCGAAACAUUAAACAUCCAACAACAUAAACAACAAAUUUAUUUAAUGUUUUUUUUAAAUUGGUUCGACUUGACCUAAAUAAUGACCAAUAAGUGAUAAGUUGUUGCUUAGAUUCUGACCUAACUAGCAAAAAAAUAUUUUUAUUAUUAUUAUUAUGACUUGUAGUAGUUCACAAGCAUGUAACCACUACUGAUCCCGCUUGUGGGCGUGGCCUGUUUAGCAUUUUUUUUUAGCAUUCCUGUGCGAAACGGUAGCAAUAAAUCUAACUAUUUAAACAUUAAAGAAUAAAUAACACACAAAUAAGUGAGAAUGCUCAGCUUGGCUGGUUCAUACACUCACCAGAGGCACUGGCGGUCUUUUGUUGUAUUUUUCUCUGUGAAGUCUCUACACACAUUCGAUACAAGGAUAUAAAGUACUGUGCGAAAGUUUUGAUCUCUCCUCGUUGCUUCAUAUUUUGCUUUCAAAGAACCAGACUUUCUUCUCUCUUUUUUUUAUGUAGUCUUGAGGAAUAGCUCUCCAAGCUUCCUGAAGGAUCUUCUUUGUCUCUGAUUUUUUUUUUCUCUGAUUUGUCGCUGAGUAGUUUCAGAGGAAUGUUUUUUUGUUUGGUAAGCCACACAGUGACCUAUGAAUUGUUUAAGCUUCCAACUGGAGGCGUGAGAAAUAGGUGCAGAUGAUGACAGAUGAUCAGGCCAGUUUUUAGUAUACUGGUGAUGCUGAACGCUGGGUGGUUGGAACAGACGAGAGGGGCAAGAAGGUCGGUGCUGAGGUUGUUACAUAAAAAAAUAUAUAUUUUUAGGCAUUUUGUACCAUGUUCCAGUAAAACAUUUGUUUUCUUUUAUUUAAUCUACAUCAUUUAAUUUAAUUUAAUUUGAUGUGACGAAAUGAAAGGCAGCUCAUGACUUUUGCACAGUACUGUGUCUCACAGGGUUAUCAAAUUGUAAACUAGACCUAGUCGCAGGAAGGAAGGUUAGGAAAACAUUGAGCAUCAGAUGGUCAAGUCAACCCAGUGUGUGUGUGUGUGGGUGUGUGUGUGUGUGUGUGUGAUUCAUGUCAAACCGAGAACAUCUGACUGUCUAAGAAAUCAUGGCUCCGUGUCACUUAAAGUAAGAAGGAGAUCAUCAGAGAAAGUUAAAUCAAGUCAGUGAAUUUGCCAGAAAUUAAAAUAAUGUGAAGGACUUCAUUAUAAGAACGAAUCAAGUCUGUAAACCAGUGAACUUUGUGUGCCACUCAGAGACAGAUAUUAGGAAAGGAACCAUAAACGUGAUUAUUUUUUUUCUCUCUUUUUUUUUUAUUUUUAUUUUUUAUUGACCCAGGGAAUUAACCUAACAUUCUGGCAGCUUAUCACUAAAUCGCAUUGAUGUCUAAGUAUUGUUUCUGUUUCAGUGUUUUUUGUUCAUAGCUGUGACAUUAAAAGCACUUAGCACGUGUAUAAUCUCUUCUGACUACAGUUAUGACUUUACUUUAUGUUUACAUGUUUAUAUCAUUUAAGCCUUAAGCUUUAAGCGUCCCUUAACUGACACUUGGUUUCGUUUUUCUUUGCUCCUUUUCUUUUACCAGUUGAUCUGUUGUUAAUCCACUGUCCACUUACUCACUCACUCUCUCACUAUAAGAGCUAAUAUUACACCGCCUCGGCCCCUGACACAGCUCUGUACUGUACAUACGUAAAAGCUUAAAGCUGAAAAUGAUAGGCUGUAAAUAAGUUGUACAAAAACUGUUUUGUAUCUAUUUUUUGUUUCCUAUUAAAUGAUUUAACUCAAAA